UUUUCGACAACAUGGCUUCGACGUCCGACCCCGGGGACUUGGAAGAGAGCCGAACUCGCCUCUGCGAGGAGUUUGCCGGCUCGACGGGGACGGAUAGCGGCGUGGCGCAGUGCUACCUUGCGGAGAACCAGUGGAACAUGGAGGUACUGUGACGUUAAAGCUUCGAGAGAAUAACAGCAACAUUUCACGGCAUGCUCACGAGCCGGAUAAGGACUAUGUAGAGCUCGUGCACCCACGUCGCCGAAAUCACCUGAGUGGCCGUAUUGCCGGUCUAGCAAAUCAUUCUCCGAUGCUAAGUCGGUUGGAGACGGCACGAAAAUACGUCCUAGGACGACGCCCAGAGUUUUGGUUCGAUACCGUUAAACAUUUAGAAGAGUGCGUUGAAUUCCUACUUCGACGCCGACAUGGAGAAGUUGUUUGAAAAAGAGGGGGCGACGGAGCAGGAGCCAACGACCAAGAAACUACAAGCGGAGGGAAAAGCUCCCCAAGUCACGAGCAUCGACUUAACUGCAGAUAGCCCCGCCCCGUCGCGUAAACCCGAGGAGGAGGAAGACGGCGGCUCGGCGCUGACGCUGAUCUCCUGGAACGUGGACGGCCUGGACACGGACAACCUGGCCGAGCGGGCCCGGGGCUUGUGCUCCUACUUGGCCAUGUAUACUCCAGAUGUGGUUUUCCUGCAGGAGCUCAUCCCGCCCUACGUGCAGUAUUUGAAGAAACGAGCCGUCAGCUACUUGAUCAUUCAAGGAAGCGAGGACGGCUACUUCACCGGGAUGAUGCUGAAGAAGACGCGCGUCCAACUGCUGGAAAGCGAGAUCGUGCCUUACCCGACCACUCGGAUGAUGAGGAACCUCCUCGUGGCGCAGGCGACGUUCCGGGGCGUCAAGCUGCGCCUGAUGACGUCGCACCUGGAGAGCUGCAAGGGCCAGGCGGGCGAGCGCAUGACGCAGCUGCGCGAGGUGACCCGGCGCAUGCGCUCGGCGCCCGACGACGUCAACGUGGUGUUCGCCGGCGACACCAACCUGCGCGACGCCGAGGUGACGGCGGUGGGCCUGCCGCCCGCCGUCUGCGACGUGUGGGAGCGGCUGGGGCGCCGCGAGCACUGCCGCUACACGUGGGACACCCGCGCCAACUCCAACAAGAGCGUCCGCUACGUCAGCCGCUGCCGCUUCGACCGCGUGUACCUGCGCCCGGCCGCCCGGCCCCGCGUCCCCCGCCUGACGCCCGACCGCAUGGCCCUGGUGGGCUUGGAGAAGCUGGACUGCGGGCGUUUCACCAGCGACCACUGGGGGAUCUACUGCUGCUUCGCCGUCGCCGACGACGACCAGGCAACGUAAACGGCACGUCUCGUUCCUUUUCAAAUUAUUAAUGUAUUAAUUCAUGUUAAUUUUCUACGUUGACCCGAUGCAAGUAAAAUUAAAUUGACAUAACCACAAGUGACACACACACACACACAAUACGAAAUAUUUCUAUGAUUGCAUGACGCUCUUUUUGGCUAUUGACCUUUUAAAUGUGUAUUCUUUUAUUCUUUACACAUUUUAAAAUAAAUGUUCUUUCAAGCUUUUUGCAAAUAUUUCCAAACGUUUUGUAAAAUGUCAAAUAAAUAAUCGCAAUAUACAACA